UUUGUGUCACUUUUGGAGCUGCUCAGAUAGUUACCAUCUCGCCGAGCCAUGGAGAAGUUUGUGUCUGUGUUAGUUUAUUUACUUGGUGUUCUGGUGUGUCUGGGCAGUGGUCAGCACCAUCUGCGGGUACGUGUUAGACCGUGGACACACCGGAUUCAGUGGGAGAAUAACGGUCAGGUGUACAAUUUACUGAGCACUGGAACUCAGUAUCGUUUACCUGCACAGACAAGGAGACGCACCGAGCUCUUACUGACAGCAAACAACCAAGUUGACCCUCAGGUUGCGUCCAGCAGACCCACCAGAACCGGAUUUUGGGAACUUAGCGAACUCAAUGGUCAUUCUCAACUAAACGACCGCAGUCAAAUGGAUGCGUCAGUUCUUGGUGCCGAUGCGGAUCAGUAUUUACUCGCCUCUGGACGACCUGGCGCACGCAGUCAGUCUCCACCGCGUACCCAAACUACCACAGAGGUUGGGGGAUAUCGUUCACCCCGGGGAGAAUCUAACGGCAGCGCUUCAGCUUUUACCUCUAUCCACGAGUUCUCCGGCAGCGGAGUCCCACGAGGAGGCCGGAGUACACUUGGAAAUGACGCAGAUGGACAACGAGCCAGCGCUUCACCGGAUUUUACGCACAGCCGAGGUAGCAGAAUCAGGUCCGAGAGCAUGGAUUCAACUGUUCGAUCACCUGCCACAUCAACGUGGGUGACUACGGCAGAAGACGCUGGGAAUGCACGUCGUAUAACCCAGGAGACUAAUCUAAGAGACGCUCCCAGUGCGCGCAGUGGGCAAAGAGCGCAUUCACUGAGCAGAGUUACACCAGAGUUAAUUGUUUCUCCUACAGCGCUGUACGGCAACGCUGUGGAAUCACAGUUUCCAGGGAGAAGGCCCGAUGCAACACGCAGUGCAGAUGCGAGUGACCCUCGAGAUCCACACAGUAUUCAUCACAGGAACUCAGUUUUCUAUAACGUUUACCCACCAGACCGCAGGAACAGGGUCAAUGCGCGCCUUCCACCAGGAACUGGCUACGGGACCAGGUUCUUCCUCAACGGUCUUCCAGACUUGGUUCCUGACCCUUACUACAUCCAAGCAGCCUCUUACAUACAAAGAGCACAGAUGUAUGCACUUCGCUGUGCUGCUGAGGAGAACUGUCUUUCCAGCUCUGCGUAUCAUUCGAGUGUGAGUGACCUCGAUUAUCGAGUUCUGCUGCGGUUCCCACAGCGAGUGAAGAACCAGGGAACAGCAGACUUCCUCCCAGUGAGACCCAGACAUGAGUGGGAAUGGCACAGCUGUCACCAGCAUUACCACAGCAUGGAAGCAUUUAGUAACUAUGACUUGAUGGAUGUCUCCACUGGACAGAAGGUUGCUGAGGGGCACAAAGCCAGUUUCUGUCUAGAGGACACAUCGUGUGACCCAGGAGUACGGCGACGCUUUGCCUGCACUGCUCACACACAAGGUCUUGGUCCUGGAUGCUACGACACGUACCACGCCAACAUCGACUGCCAGUGGAUUGACAUCACUGAUGUACCACCGGGGAACUACAUACUCAAGGUAACAGUGAACCCCUCUCAGCUGGUCGAGGAGUCUGACUUCUCCAACAACGAGGUGAGGUGCGACAUCAGGUACACGGGAAGCUACGUCCAGGCGAGAAACUGCAGGAUUGUUGUGAGCUGACCUGACUGAAGACUGAACAUUUCACAGGCAAAAAUGUACUUAAUGACUUCUUAUUGCUCUUAACGUGCAACUAAUGUUAGCUUCUAAAUUAAUCUAUAUUUAUGUUAUAUGAUAUAUUGCAUCCAGAGUCAGAAAGGCUCAGUUUUACCUUUACUUAUUUAUAUAAAUAUUAAUUUUAAGUGGAUUUUUAAGCAAUGUGAGACUUUGCAGUUAGCUGUGUAUUAAUAUGACUUAAGAGAAGCCGUUUGACUUCCUUCAGUCAUUCUGUAAGAUUGACUUGGUGCUUAUCAGUGGUGCUCUACCUUUCUACUAUUACAUCUGCUCUUAUUUAAAAUGUUCAAAUGCUCUCAUGCAUGCAUAUUUGCAGUGUUUGCGUUUUCUGUGGAUACCGCUCAAGCACAGAUCUUUAGUCUUUCGUGUU